UACAGCCGCGGCUCCGGGAUCAUCAAACAUACCGGACGAGUGGGAUUGGAGGAAGUAUGGGAUGGUGACCCCUCCCAGGAAUCAAGGAAAGUGUGGCUCGUGUUGGAGUUUCGCGGCCGCCUGUGUGCUCGAGAGUCAUAACAUGAAGAGACUGAUAGCGGAGGGAAAGUUUGAUCCCAAGAGUCAACCGAAGAUCACAGUCAGCGAGCAGAAUAUGAUCGACUGCUCCGGAGAUUACGGUACUCUAGCCUGCGAGGGAGGUCUGUAUUGUCGAUAUAGUCAUGAAAGGCCAUCACCCGCUCAUUUGGUAGGUAUGCCUCAGCAAGCGUUCAAAUAUGUGUACGAAAACAAAGGCAUUAACGGAGUGGAUGUCUACCCGUACACUGGAAAGAAAGACAAGUGCGGCUACAAUGUGGCCAAUAGGGUGGACGUGAAUGUGAGGGAAGGGCAGCGCCUGGAGUCGGGAAAGGACAACGACUUGGCGGCCGCCAUCUAUAACUACGGACCCGUUGCCAUCGCAGUGCAUACCACCGACGAUAUGCUUGCUUUUAACCUAUUUCAUUGGGUUUUCAUUGGCACCGGUAUUCUUGUGUAUCUCUCCAUUAGGAAAGGCAUUUUCAAUGACCCCAAGUGUAACCCCAAUGACGUGAACCACGCGGUCGUAGCCAUCGGCUAUCAUAAAGACUACUUUAUCAUCAAAAAUAGUUGGGGCCCGGAGUGGGGAGAGGGCGGGUUUAUCAGGAUCUCCAGGAGUAAGCUAAACAACUGCGGGGUCUCAGAGCAGGGAUACUAUCCUAUAGUUCCCAAUGCCGUCGAAACUCGAGCCAUGAUUGACAAACUCAAAGUGGUU